CUGUUAAUCCUUCAGCAGCGGCGCACAGUAAAGAAGCAGCGGCGGAAGCUAACAAAGCACUACUUGGGCUUCAUUUGAGUAGAUUUUUAACUAAUAACUUGCUAUGGCAGCAAUCAGGAAAAAGCUGGUCAUAGUGGGAGAUGGAGCCUGUGGGAAGACCUGUUUGCUCAUCGUGUUCAGUAAGGACCAGUUUCCAGAAGUCUACGUGCCCACAGUGUUUGAGAACUACGUUGCUGACAUUGAAGUCGACAGCAAACAGGUCGAGUUAGCACUCUGGGAUACAGCAGGUCAAGAGGACUAUGACAGACUGCGCCCGCUCUCCUAUCCAGACACUGAUGUCAUUCUCAUGUGUUUCUCCAUUGACAGCCCUGACAGUCUUGAGAACAUCCCUGAGAAGUGGACCCCUGAAGUGAAACACUUCUGCCCUAAUGUUCCGAUUAUACUGGUGGGAAACAAAAAGGAUCUGCGUAAUGAUGAGCACACUCGGAGGGAACUUGCCAAAAUGAAGCAGGAACCCGUUAAACCUGAAGAUGGGCGGGACAUGGCUAACAGGAUUGGUGCCUUUGGAUACAUGGAGUGCUCUGCAAAAACAAAGGAUGGUGUGAGGGAAGUAUUCGAGAUGGCUACCAGGGCUGCACUACAGGCCAGGCGGGGAAAGAAGAGUAAUAAAUGCGUCCUACUGUAAAAGGAGGCAUGAGGACUGCUUCCUGGAGGGGGAAAGAAGGAGAAUUAGGUCAAACCUACCCCCCAAACACACCCACCCAAAAGACUGUUCUCCCCAGUUUUUACUAAAGGUGUAAUGCUUUUAUUUUUCUUUUCUUUCUUUAUUUCUUUUUGGUCUUAAGCAAAACUAGUCAGGUUCUGUCAGUAUUCAACUUUGAAGUUAUGGAAAAUACUUUUUUUGUACUUAAACAUAAGUAAAUUUGCCAUAAUAAUCAAACCUCCUUUAUCCACACGUUCUAUGUAAUCAAAAAGGUCAGCGGGGGAACCGUGGUGUCAGCCUGCCAACUGCAGUUAAGUGCUUAAGCCCUGCGAGCUGAUCAGAGGAAUGUUUCCACAGCCAACUAGGGUUGAAGUACCUGCUCACUGUGACCCGUAGUCCUUUAAUUAUUGACAAACUCGUGCACACAAAGUCAAAAUUUGUUUGUGUGCUUCAUAAACAAAUCUGCAUUAUGAUCACAUGCACAAUGCGAGACUGGAAAAUCUUUUUGCUAAAAUGCAAAUGGAAACUUAGUGUUUUGUGUAAUAAAUUACUUUGUAAGAA